GGUUAAGAAACUCAACCCAAAAGUGUUGAAGAGCUCCAUGCAUUCAAAAAGGGAGAGGAGAGGAGCGCUGUCCCGUGCUGGAUGGAUGGUUAUGGGGAAAGGAGCAGGACCAUCGGCGCUACAAGUCUGCCAGUUCGUUGUACUGUUUCUCUGUCUGUAUCCAGCAGCCACUCUGCAGUGUAAGAUCCUCAAGUGUAACUCAGAGUUCUGGGCCUCCACCUCCAGCUCUGGCCCAGAAGAGGAGUUCUGCACCGCUCUGCGAGCGUAUAACAACUGUGUCCGUCGUACUGCCCGUACGUGCCGGGGUGACCUGGCCUACCAUUCAGCCCAACAUGGUAUAGAGGAUCUUAUGAGCCAACACAAUUGCUCUAAAGAAGGACCCACUACCCAGCCUCGUGUCCGCACACCCCCGCCCCCGGUCCAGCCACCUCCAGACAUCAAUGUUCCCUCUGACAGGCCAGAGGUGUGCCAUUACGAGCGGAGUUUACAACGCAAUGCUGCGCCUCCCAAUUACACUCACUGUGGCUUUUUUGGGGACCCACAUCUCCGCACAUUCAACGAUGACUUUCAGACCUGUAAAGUUGAGGGAGCCUGGCCGCUGAUUCACAAUAAGUACCUGUCUGUGCAGGUUACGAACACUCCUGUUGUACCUGGAUCUUCUGCUACAGCUACUAGCAAGCUAACAAUCAUCUUCAAGGACUUUCAAGAAUGUGUAGACCAGAAGAUGUACCAUGCGGAGACUGACGAGCUUCCAGCUGCAUUUGCUGAUGGUUCAAAGAACGGAGGUGACCGCCAUGGGGCCAACACCUUACGUAUAGUAGAGAAGGUGCCUGGACAACAUGUGGAGAUCCAAGCACGUUAUAUCGGCACCACUUUUGUAGUUCGGCAGGUUGGCCGCUACCUCACCUUUGCAGUGCGGAUGCCAGAGGAGGUUGUGCAUUCGGUGGAGGACCAGGACAACCAGGACCUUUACCUCUGCCUGCAUGGUUGCCCUGCCAACCAGCGAAUAGACUUCAGGACCUUCAGAGCACAUGCGGCAGAGAGCCAUGGCUUAGGCAGGGGACGGCCGGGCACUCCUACACAUGGCUUCACAUACCAGUCAGCCAUGGCCAAGUGCAAAGAACGUCUACCAGUUGAGGAUUUGUAUUUUCAAUCCUGCGUUUUUGACUUGCUAUCUUCUGGAGACAUCAACUUCACCCUGGCAGCCUACUACGCCUUUGAGGAUGUUAAAAUGCUCCACUCCAACAAAGACAAGUAUCACCUCUUUGAAGGGGAUACAAUAUUCAGUUCUGCCUCAGAAAAUUGGGGUUUUAGUUUCCUAAUCAUCAGCCUUGUUGUCGUACAGCUAUGGACUGACAUGUGUUUCAUUUGUCUGUAGUCCCCAAUGGACAUCCUUGUUAGAUGGUUGGAAGAUGCUGUAUGCAUGUGAAAUGCUGCUCUCACCAUGUUGUGUUCCAUCUAUCAGAGGCUGGGAUUCUCAGCUAGAGCCAGAGCUUCUGCCGAGGGCUUUCACACUUGUGUGUCUUGUGUCACACCAUGGAUUCAUCUCUCGUCAUCAUCAUGUAUGUUCAUUCAUCAGGCCAGAGCAGAAGCCUUCCUGGUGAUCCGCCCAUCUCUGUGGUCAUCCUGCUGAUCUCAUAACUGCUCCAUGACAGAGAACAGUGCUGAGAGGUCCUGAGACUCGAGUCAGAUUAAACCACCCUUUUUCCCACCAGGGUGAUGUGCCACUGACAGGAGUGAGGGGGGUGAUCCUUUGCAGAAAUAAGAGCUUGGAGCUGUUCUUCAGUUCACUUGAUGCCAAGUGAGAGGUGAAGUAUGCCUCCCAGAGCCAUGCUGGAGGACAUGACAGGAGCUUUUAUUAACACCUCCAAAGUUGGAGGGCCGGCAGGAGUUCUCUCUUUGAAGAAGCUCUAGCUUCGGAAAAAUGUUAGCUUUCUAGAGAAAACCCCUUGGCCAAGGCCAUGUCAGACUAGUAAGUCAUGUUAUCUACAGAGGCCAUAACAUCAGACCUUUUGUAUAAUUUGUCUAAGUGUGUGUGCAAGAGAAAGAUGUGUUAUUUUGUGGGUGAUUAUAUGAAUGCUUGUGUGUGUGUGUGUGUGUGUGUGUGUUUGUGUGUGUGUGUGUGUGUGUGUGUGUGUGUUUGUGUUUCAUAAUAUUUGUAUAUUGCACCCAGGGUCAUAAUGUAGCUCUGGUGUGGUGGUUCAUGAGUCAGUAAGAAGUUUUACUGUCUGCCAAGAGCUCUUUCCAACAUCUUAUAUAAAAAAGGGUGUCAAACAUUGUGUCAAACAGACUUUAAACUACACCCAUUCUCCUUAGGUGUUAAUAAUUUUGGAAAAUAUUUAUUGAAUUUUCUCCAUUGUCAAAUUGGAUGUUCAAAGUCAGCCUGAACAAUUGUUAGGCACACAGAGAAUAACCUUUAAUUUGUUCACAAAGUAAAAGCCAUUGAAUAAAAAAUAAUAAUAAUUAACGUCAUACAGUGGUAUAGCCCAAGACAGAGUUGUCUUUGAAAAUAGCAAACUUGCUUCCGAUAAACACGUUUGUGGGAAAAAAUAAUAAUGCCAGUUUGCAGUAGGUAGCAUAACCAGCAACAUAUAUAUCCAGGAGAGAGCCAAGUUCCUCCAUACAGUGUUUGCAGUUUGAGAUGGGACCCACAAAGAAGGUCCAUCAAUCAUCCUUACUGCUUCUUAAAGAGCAACGCCUUGCUCUCCAUUUCAAAAGGGUGUCGACGUGGCUGUGCUGUAGGCCGCGUUUAACUCUCGACUGUAGAUCUGUGAAUUUAUGGCGCAGGCGUUUUGCCAAAGAACAAGCCAUGGUGCCAACAAUUUCCCAAACAGCUGAAUUCUCUCUCUCUCACGUUCUCAUGGGACCUUUUGUGGUUCACUUAGCUAAGUAUUUGGGCUCAAACCAGAUGUCCUGAUUGUGUAUAAUAUUGGAAGGUGCUGCUAACUACGGUGAGGUGGCUGGACCAGUGCAAGAGCUAUUAAGAACAUCUGCCAUGCAUUUCUUGUGAUGUUUGAAAUGGGGGCAUUUGCUCUUCAGCCAUUAGCAGGCUCAGGAUUACUGGCACUCAGUAUUGUAAAUAGCAGUAGUAGUAUUGGAGAGCUAAAGUCACAUGAUACAUAGCACCACUAUUUUUAAGAGUGAAACUGCACCCUUGGUAGCUUAAUAGUUUUAUAGGCCAUGUCUAGAGACUGUUGGAAAGGUCUUUAUGGAAGAUGAAGCCCACAUAACUUCUUCAACAUGUCCCAUUUCUUCUAAGAACAUCUGUCACAGUUGUCUCUUAUCAGUGUUUGUUUUCUCUUAGUAAAAAUUUUGAACUAUGAAAAUAUGGUUUAGAUAUUAAUUAUACAUAAAGAAUCCUUUAAAAGACUUCAUGGUAAUUUAUUCUUACACUGUAAAGUUUUGAGAGCCUUACUGCUAAGAAAGCUUGUGUUGUUGGUGCAGUUCAUGGCUUUAAAGAGACUUUUGAAAGCAUAAAAAAUUAUUGUAAUGACUUUUGUGUUUAAGUGUGCUUGUGUUGUCAGUGCUUUUUGGAUUUAUAUGUGUAAUGUGACAUGUUUAUAAGUUUGUGUGAUUUGGCAAGUAAUAUUUUGUGCUGAUUUUUUGGUACGUCAAAGGGUGUGGUGAAAUUUACCUUUAAAUUUAAAGGGAUAUUGUGUACACAAGCACAACAAAAACACAAUCUAAUUUGGAACAAGAGUAAAACAGAGAGGUCAUGUCUUUUAACUAAAUAGUAAGUAGGAUAUGUGUGACUUGCGGUGUUCAUGUGUUGUUUAUUACAAAAGCACUUUAUGUUUUUAUUCUCUUUAACCUAGCUCUUACUUGGUUUUAACUUGAUGGUGAAAGAGUUUAUCCUGAAAAAUAAAAGUGAAUGAUAACAUUUUUAAAUGUAUUGACAUUGAAUGGGAGUUACCAGAAAGCUUAGUCUGUUUUUGUAUGUAGGACUAAAGCGGUGCCACACACCACCUGUAAAUACUGUAAAUUAUUUAUUGAAGAAAAAUAAAGUGUCAUGUUGA